CUCGCAGCUGGCGGCGGAAAGCAUGGCCACGGCGGCGGUGGUGGUGACCCGUGGGGCCUGCGCAUGGGCGGCAGCAGCGGCUCUGCGGGGCGGUUGCGGGACUGCAGCCCGGGGGCGGCCGGGCGCGGGCCCCGCUCGACCCUUGUGCACAGCACCUGGGACCGCCCCGAGCAUGAAGCGCUACCUGUGGGAGCGCUACCGGGAGGCGAAGCGGAGCACGGACGAAUCGGUUCCUUCUAUCAUGAGCAACUUGCUGAAUCCAGACGCCAUUUUCUCCAACAACGAGAUGAGCCUGUCGGACAUUGAGGUCUAUGGCUUUGACUAUGACUACACCCUGGUGUUUUAUUCAAAGCACCUGCACACACUGAUAUUUAAUGCUGCUCGGGACCUCCUUAUCAAUGAACACCGGUAUCCUAUGGAAAUCAGGAAGUAUGAGUACGACCCCAGUUUUGCAAUUCGUGGACUGCAUUAUGAUGUGCAGCGGGCAAUACUGAUGAAGAUUGAUGCUUUUCAUUACAUCCAGCUGGGAACUGUCUAUAGAGGCCUCAGUGUGGUCCCUGAUGAAGAAGUCAUUGAAAUGUACGAGGGGUCCCAUGUGCCUUUGGAACAGAUGAGCGACUUUUAUGGAAAGAGUUCCCAUGGAAACACCAUGAAGCAGUUCAUGGAUAUCUUUUCACUGCCGGAGAUGACCCUCCUGUCCUGCGUGAACGAAUACUUCCUGAAGAACAACAUUGACUAUGAGCCCGUCCACCUGUACAAAGAUGUCAAGGAUUCAAUUCGAGACGUGCACAUCAAAGGGAUCAUGUACAGAGCCAUCGAGGCAGAUAUUGAAAAGUACAUCUGCUAUGCCGAACAGACCCGCGCAGUGUUGGCCAAACUGGCUGAUCAUGGCAAGAAGAUGUUUCUCAUCACCAAUAGCCCCAGUAGCUUCGUGGACAAAGGGAUGAAGUAUAUCGUUGGAAAAGACUGGAGGGACCUGUUCGACGUGGUCAUCGUUCAGGCCGAGAAGCCAAACUUCUUUAAUGAUAAGCGGAGACCUUUCCGAAAGGUGAAUGAAAAAGGCGUCUUACUCUGGGAUAAAAUUCACAAGUUGCAGAAAGGCCAGAUUUACAAGCAGGGCAAUUUAUAUGAAUUUUUGAAGCUUACAGGAUGGAGAGGAUCCAAAGUGUUGUAUUUUGGUGACCAUAUAUACAGUGACCUGGCGGAUUUGACCCUGAAGCAUGGCUGGCGAACCGGUGCAAUCAUCCCGGAGUUAAGGUCCGAGCUCAGAAUCAUGAACACGGAGCAGUACGUUCAGACCAUGGCCUGGCUGCAGACCCUGACUGGGUUACUGGAGCAAAUGCAGGUUCACAGAGAUGUGGAGUCCCAGCUGGUCUUGCAGGAGUGGAAGAAGGAGAGGAAGGAGAUGCGGGAAAUGACCAAAAGUUUCUUCAACGCCCAGUUUGGAAGCUUGUUCCGCACAGACCAGAACCCAACCUACUUCCUGAGACGCCUGUCACGGUUUGCCGACAUCUACAUGGCAUCUCUGAGCUGCCUCCUGAACUACGAUGUCAACCACACGUUCUACCCCAGGAGGACUCCACUGCAGCACGAACUUCCCGCAUGGUCCGACGGGCCCCCCAGCUUCAGACUCCCCCUCCUGCAGGAGGCCCAGGCCAAGUAGCCUGGUGCCCACCUGUGGAAAAAGCCAGAAACAGCCACGGCCCCGGAUUGGGCAGACAUGACGGGGCUGACUUCGUGUGGAUAUGAGUGUUGCUUUCGGAAAAGACACAAGUAGGCCUUCUGCUAUUUAUUUUGUACCUUAUGGAGAGUACUUCCGAGGUCGUUAAGACAGAAGCUAGCGGCCCACCAGUCCCGCCUUCCUGCACAUGUCGGGCCGAAGGCAAGCUCCACAUGGACACUCUGUGACCAGCUUUCCUGUUUGUGGGGGUACUGGAACUAAUGUCAGUCUUUCAGGGAAGUUUUGAAACUGUCCUUGAGUCUCCCUUGGAACAUGUAUUGAACAGUCACGGGCAGUGCAUGGGGAACAGAGGGGCACAGUGACGUGCAGCGAUAAACUGCUCGCGGAAAGCUGAUGGUUGAGUGAGCUGUACAGUGGCCUAAGACGACAGUAAGUAGCGGGGAUGGUCCUCAAACAGCAGCCCAUUCCCCAGUCAUCCGGUACCAGGGCUUUGGCGUCCUGGUGCAUCACUUGAAAGAAGACAGCCUCUCUGGAAAGUCUUAUGUGAGAAAGAACAGGAGAAGGUGCAAGUCCUUGGCCCUCGAUGGUCAUCAGUAUCUGCUUCCUAUGUCUUACCCCAUGCUGGGGAAGGACAAAUGGUGCCACAAGUGAUGGGUGCGUUCACACUUUUCCCCAGAGAAGAGCUUUUCGUUCAAUUUUCAGCUGGCAGAACAGACUUUGUAGAAUAAGGCUGUGAGCACCAAGCAGGUCAGAAGAGCCAACGCAUUGUGGUGGGUCCCCAGGCGUUUCUUACACAUGAAAGUGCCACCACAGUGUUGGUUUGAUAUGCUUAUUGGAGGACAGAAAACGGAACAGGAAAUAAAAAUGGUCCUUGCAAUGAAGUGCCACACCAUGACCCUCACUGGGCUGUUUUGGUAUCUUGUUAAAACAUACGCAUUACCAGAGACUGUUCUUUUCUGGGGGCAUCCUGCGUAGGCCUGCCGCGCUCGUGGAUCGUCAGCCGAGGAGCACGCUUGAAUUCAGCCCUCUCUUCUCCUUAGAUUUCUCUCCUGCCUUGUGCGUGUGGCUGUUUUGGGAGUCUGGGUGGUUUUCUUUAGAUGUCUGUGUUUAAGGUGGGAGAGGAUAAAAGGCAUUGAAACUAAGAGAAAAAGAGUUAGAAAUGACUUAGCUAACUCAGUAUUUCUCAUUUCUUUCUGAGGACAGUACAGAUGACAUACAUUCUCCAACCUAAUGAAUGGCAGUUACAGGAAGGGGGCUUGUGGGGAGUGCUUGGUAAUUUGGCAUUUUUAUUGUAAUAUUGGCAAGAUGCUAGAUUGGCAUUCCAUAGGCUGCCUGCCAGAAUGCAGAAAUUAAAUGAUUUUUGCAUUUAAACAUAAAUUCAAUAGCAUGUUUUGUAAUGCUGCUUGUUAUAAUGGGGUUUUACUUGUGGUAUUUUCUUGUUGUUUAUAAUAGUGAAAGAGAGAGACCCUUUUAGACCCAAUAGACCCUGUUGGACCCCUUUUUUCCUUCUAAAGUUUAUUGUAAACACAAUGGUCCGUUCCUUUUUUGGAAUGGGAUGGGUCUUUGUUUACUGUUUGUCAGUGCCCGGGUGGUGUAAGCGUCAGAGUUUAUGGGGGACUGGUGGGUGUCCAGAAUUGCUCGGUGUUGGUCCUCAGAGGUCACGCUGGUGCUUUUGGCUCAUAGUUUCCGCUUUGGAGAAGCUGAGCGAUGAAGUAGGUAUUAUUAUUUUUUUAAAUUUUCUUAGUUUUUAUCUAAUCUCAUAUUCAUUAGAUGUCUCCUAGAUGCCAGUUUCAGGGUGUUUUGUUUACAGAAGAAUGAAGUAGAACUGUUUUUCAAGCCUGCUUUCAUGGAUGUCUAGAUUAGGUGACCCAAGCCUCAGGGGAGAAAUACGUUUUCUGGGUGUGAAUAAUGAAUUUUACAAUUUAUUACCAAUUACGAUUUUAGUCUCCGGGCCACUGAACACGGCCGUGUUGAGACCUACCAUGUGGCAGAUGCCCGGGCCAGCGGCAUGGGCCAGGACAGCCACCGCCAGGCGAGGGACAGCGGCAUUCUCGUCUGUGCUCGGUCAGGAUGGAUUUCAACUAGUCGUUAUCAUGACUGCGCUGGGCAUUGGGUGCUUUCCAGGUGGUUCUCUGGUGCACACGCUGGUGAAAGCACAUUGGCACAAGGGGAAUGGAUCUGUUCUCCACCCUUUAAAGUCGCAACUUGGGAAGUAAACAGCAUAAAAGUAGUGUGCGCACUUAAAAAUGUUUUCCACUUUUGGCAAUGGUUAGACUGAUUUUCUAAGAAUUAUGUGAACAAAAAUUCAUAGUCCAAGGGCAGUCCACGUCAGCCGAACACAAGGCCCCACGGUACCCAAGGCGGGUAGCCUUGGAAAGGACUUUGCACAAUUGAUUCUUUUAGAGUUGCUUUUAUAGAUGAAACCUGGCUUUUAAAAUAUUUUAGUUUGGCUUAGAGCUCCCACUUGCCUCCUAACAUAGCCCUGAUUUUUUUUUUUUUUUUAAUACUCUUCAGCUCAGCUUUGUUUUCCGCUGUUGCCGUUAAUGCCCUGUAACAUAAACCACCUGUUACUGAUUCGGGCGCAUCUGAGACUGAAUUACCAGUUGCUGUGAAUGCAUUGGCCCUCUUAAUUAUUGCAAAGGAGCAAUGAAAAGUCAUCUUUCCUUCUAGCUAAUUUAGCUUUGGGUGAACUAAAUGGCCUUUCCUCUCUCUUCCUCCCAAAAGGCCUUUGAAGCAGUAGAGAGUGCAGUGUGCUCAGCAUUGGAAUUGAAUUCCACUAUGCCAGAUGCUCAUUUGCUGCCAAAGGCCCACUUGGGAGCCCUUGUCUCGGAGGCUCAGAGACCAAAUUUGGCCAGAGGCAGGGAUCCUUGAUUGCUCUGUUCGACUCCGGGGGAGCCUGUGUGUUGCCUUCUUACUUUCAAUUCCUUUUUGUACCAGUUUCCCUCCCACCCCCGCUCUUUUAUUUGCCUUGGUGUUUGGGAGCUCGGCUCCAAGUUCAGCUAACCUCUAACAGCCUAGUGGGUUAAGGAAAGGAAAGAGAGUGAUGUUUCCUUAAUGCGGGGUCAGCAAGCUUUUCCUGUAAGGGGGAAGACAGUAAAUAUUUUCAGCUUGGCAGGCCAUUUUCUGUCGCCUCUACCGAGGAGUGGGUGGGCUCUGUUCCAUUCCAACUUGAUUUGUAAAACCAGGCCGCAGGCUGGAUUUGGCUCUCGGGCCAUAGUUUGCAACCCCCUGCUCUAACGGGUUGGUGCCAGUGGCAAAGUUACCUUAAUGCAUGCAGAUGAACAGCCCCAUAGUGGGGGCAGACAGAAGGAAGACGUUCUCUAGGUGAGUGCACCAUAUUCCCCUGACUAGCCCAGAGCUAGUCUCUGAGCAUAUUUACUUACAUAGCCAGUGGUGAAAUACUGUUUCCCACACAGGGCAUAAUUGUCGUGUGUAAUUGAGCUGAGGGAUCGGGCACUAGCUGAAUAUACCUCUCAUCACACUCGUUGGUGAUUGUGCUUGGCUGCCCAGAUAACCUUUCAUAACGGAAAGACUCACUCUCCCAAGUUCUAGGUCUUCUGUCAGCUUUGGGAAGAAAGCCCUACCUCAGACAAGGUCACACCCCUUCCCCCCCCACCCUCCCCCGCAGCUCCCUUCCCGGGUGUGGAUCCCAAGAACACACCUUGUAAACUUCCUGCACGUGCAUGUCCAUCCCAGCGCCUCUGCUUUUGGGGACCCCCCACCCCACCCCACGAUAGCACUUUUUCUCCAGCACUGUAGUCUCGCAUUCUUAGAGAACUGUUUCCUGAUUAUUUCGAAUGACAGAGUGUUGCCUGUGUGAUAUCAGGUGCAGUAAACACAAACGAGGUAGAUGCGCUAUUUACGCUGAAUAUGAAUUUGCUAUUUAUUCUAAAUGUUGAUUUUAUGUUAUAUGAUAUUGAACUUAAUUGACAAAUAAAAGUGAAUUGUAUCAUCCAGUU